UUUUAACUAAUUAAUUACCAUAUACUUGUUAUCUCUCUGCCAAAUCUAAUAAACAGCUCUCUCUCUCUCUCUCUCUCUCUUCUCUGCUUCUGUAAUCCCCUGUUAAAAUUGAUGUUGAGGGAUUCAUUUUUACCAGUUUUGCUUCUAUACGCUGUCUGCGUAGCAGUCCAUGCGCAGAAUCAAACUCAAGCUACUAUAGACCCGGAUGAAGGAAGAGCGUUGAAUUCUAUAUUUGAACAAUGGGGAAUAUCAGCUGCCCAAAGUCAAUGGAACAUAAGCGGAGAGCUGUGCAGUGGAGCAGCCCUCGGUACUUCCCCUACAAUCGACGAUCAGGCUUACAAUCCCUUUAUCAAAUGUGAUUGCUCUGACAAUAAUGGCACCACUUGCCACAUCACCGCUCUGAAGGUUUUUGCAAUAGAUGUGGUGGGUGUACUUCCAGAUGAGCUGUGGACUUUGACAUUUCUCACCAAUUUGAAUUUGGGUCAGAAUUUCUUGACUGGUAACCUGUCUCCAUCAAUUGGAAAUUUAACUCGCAUGCAAUAUCUGAACUUUGGAAUUAACUCGCUUUCGGGGGAACUUCCUAAGGAACUUGGGUUGCUCACUGAUUUAAGAUCAAUUGGUUUUGGAUCGAACAACUUCUCUGGUCCUCUGCCAUCUGAGCUUGGGAAUUGCACGAGGCUAGACCAAAUUUAUUUUGAUAGCUCUGGAGUUAGUGGUGAGAUUCCUCCAACAUUUGCUAAUCUACGAAACAUGGUUACUGUGUGGGCAUCAGAUAAUGAACUUACAGGCAGGAUACCUGAUUUCAUAGGGAAUUGGUCAAAGCUUGCCACCUUGAGGUUGGAAGGUAACUCUUUUGAAGGUCCAAUUCCAUCAGCAUUAUCCAACCUAUCUUCCUUGACAGAGCUGAGAAUAAGCGGUUUAUCAAAUGGGAGUUCUUCACUGGCUUUUAUUCGGGAUAUGACGUCUCUAACAGUCUUGGUGCUAAGGAACAACAAUAUUUCAGAUUCAAUUCCAUCCAAUAUUGGAGAUUAUCAGAAUUUGACACAGUUGGAUUUGAGCUUCAACAAUAUAACUGGACAGAUACCAGAACCACUUUUCAAUUUGAGCAAGCUCUCUUUUUUGUUUCUUGGAAACAACAAGUUAGAUGGUCCUCUUCCUGCACAAAAGAGUUCAUCACUUCAAAAUAUAGAUGUAUCGUACAAUAAUUUAUCAGGGAGCUUUCCUUCCUGGGUCAGUGAUCAAAAUUUACAAGUUAAUUUAGUUGCCAAUAACUUCAUAAUAGACCUUUCAAAUAGCAGUGUUUUGCCAUCAGGCCUGAACUGCCUUCAACGAAAUUUUCCUUGCAAUCGAGGCCCUCCAGUUUAUUCUCAAUUUGCGGCAAAAUGUGGUGGUCCACAGAUUACGUCCUCCAAUAAUAUAGUAUACGAGAGGGAUAACGAGACCCUUGGCCCCGCAGCAUAUUAUGUCACCGGCACAAGCAGGUGGGGUGUCAGUAAUGUUGGAUAUUUUACGGGAAGCAGCAAUCCUCAGUAUAUCGCUUUCUCGUCGUCGCAAUUUACAAAUACACUGGAUUCUGAGCUGUUCCAGACAGCAAGGGUCUCUGCUUCAUCACUUAGAUACUAUGGUUUGGGGCUUGAGAAUGGCAAUUACACUGUCAACCUUCAGUUUGCAGAAAUAGUAAUUGAGGAUGGCAACACGUGGAGGAGUCUUGGGAGGCGUGUUUUUGAUAUUUAUGUCCAGGGGAAUCUUGUUCUGAAGGAUUUUGACAUUAAAAAAGAGGCAGGUGGAGUCUCUAAACUACCUGUUGAAAGGAGUUUCACGGCUCAGGUAUCUGAAAAUUACCUGGAAAUUCAUUUGUUUUGGGCUGGAAAGGGGACCUGUUGCAUUCCUUUCCAAGGUACAUAUGGGCCUUCUAUUUCAGCAAUCAGUGCUACCCCAGAUUUCAUACCAACUGUUAGCAACAUCCUGCCAACCAGUAAGAAGGACAGGACCGGUCUAGUUGUGGGCAUUGUGGUUGGGGUUGGAAUAAGCUUUCUGCUUGUUUUUGUGAUUUUCUUUGUUGUUCAAAGAAGAAAAAGGAAAAACACCUAUGAUGAUGAAGAACUUCUGGGUAUAGAAGCUGACACUUUCAGUUAUGCUGAACUGAAGACUGCUACAGAGGACUUUAGUCCUGCCAAUAAGCUUGGGGAGGGAGGAUUUGGGCCGGUUUAUAAGGGAAAACUUAAUGAUGGGAGAGUGAUUGCUGUUAAGCAACUUUCUGUGGCAUCUCACCAAGGAAAGAGCCAGUUUGUAACAGAGAUUGCUACUAUAUCUGCUGUGCAGCACCGUAAUCUUGUUAAAUUGCAUGGAUGCUGCAUAGAGGGAUAUAAUCGGCUCCUUGUUUAUGAGUAUCUUGAGAAUAAGAGUCUCGAUCAAGCACUAUUUGGGGAAACGAAUUUGAAUCUCGAUUGGCAAACACGUUAUGACAUUUGCUUGGGAGUAGCCAGAGGUCUAGCUUAUCUUCACGAGGAGUCAAGGCUUCGAAUUGUUCACAGAGAUGUGAAGGCCAGCAAUAUUCUGCUUGAUUCUGAUCUCAUCCCCAAAAUCUCAGAUUUUGGUUUGGCCAAACUUUAUGAUGAUAAGAAGACCCAUAUAAGCACGCGUGUUGCAGGGACAAUUGGUUAUCUUGCACCGGAGUAUGCUAUGCGCGGGCACCUAACAGAGAAGGCAGAUGUCUUUGCCUUUGGUGUUGUGGUCCUGGAACUCAUAAGUGGGAGGCCAAAUUCAGACUCGAGCCUGGAAGAAGAAAAGAUAUACCUUCUUGAAUGGGCCUGGUACCUGCAUGAGAACAACCGUGAGCUAGAAUUGGUUGAUGUCAAAUUAUCAGAUUUCAGCGAGGAGGAAGUAAUACGGUUGACAAGAGUUGCUCUUUUAUGCACCCAAACUUCACCAAAUCUGCGUCCAUCGAUGUCACGUGUAGUGGCUAUGGUAUCUGGCGAUACUGAAGUAGGCAGUGUAAGUUCAAAACCUGGAUACUUGACUGGGUGGAAAUUUGAUGACAGCACCUUUACGAGUGAUGACAAUGUAACCAAAGGAACCGAUACGAGCUUUUACGAUUCAUCUACAAGUACAACCAUGGUGGCUGAUGCCAAGCAGCCAGAACUAAGUACCAGACCCAUUCUCAGUGAGAUCAUUGGAGAAGGUAGAUGAGAAACAUUAAUUCUUUUCAGCUGUACAUUUCUUUUGUGUGUUUAAAUUUCCUUUUCUUAGUUCUAUUUUAUUUUGUUUCUGUGUUUUGGGAUGAUAAAUUUAUGUAAAUUGUUUUCUAGGUGUAUAUGUGCCCAUUAUAUACCAAACUCAUAAAUAAAUAAUUAUUAUUUAUAUUUA